AUGCAUCAGCGCCUUCAGCAGACCAAGAAACACCGGCCCAAGCAGCAGUUGCUGGUGAGCUCACACACACUGCAGUACCAACACACUGCUGUCAGAGGAAUAAACCUCCCAGAAUUCACUGUUGUAGGUCUGCUGGAUGGAGAACCGUUUGUGUACUAUGACUCCAACAUCACGAAGAUGAUCCCAAAGACAGAGUGGAUAAAGAACAUCAGUAAUGAUGAUCCAGAUUACUGGAAGAGAGAGACACAACGUGUGGAGGGUCAACAGGACAGUUCCCAUACCAUUAUGGAUCAGCUUUUUAAUCACACUGAAGGAGUUCAUACAGUCCAGAGGAUGUACGGCUGUGAGUGUGAUGAUGACGGCACCACUAGAGGGUAUGAUCUGUUCGGUUAUGAUGGAGAAGAUUUCAUGAGUCUCGAUCUGAAAAAUGGAACCUGGACUGCAAUGAAACCUCAAGCUGGAGAACUUGUAAAGAAGUGGGAUGCUCAAUCCCAGAAGAGCUACCUGGAGAAUGAAUGUAUCGAUCGGUUAAAGAAGUUUGUGUCUUGCGGCAAUGCGACUCUGGAGAGGAAAGUUCUUCCCAAGGUGUCAGUGUUCCAGAAACACUCCUUAUCUCCAGAGGUGGUGUGUCACGCCACAGGUUUCUUCCCCAAAGCCCUGAAUAUCACCUGGCAGAAGGAUGGAGAGAACAUUGAGCUCCACGUCCUUAAUGAGACGUUACCCAACCAUGAUGGAACCUUCCAGAAGAGGAGCAUUCUGAAAGUCUCUACUGAGGAGUUGGAGAAACACAACUACACCUGCGUGGUUCAGCACAGCAGCUUGGAGAAGGAGUUAGUGCUGCCUGUGAGCGAGCGGCGAAUCCUGAGAGAUGGAGGAUCAGAUGGGGGGAAGAUUGGUUUCAUUACUGGUUGUGUGGCUCUUGGUGUUGCUGUUAUUGCC